UAAAAGAUUAUUCAGCUGAACAAGUAAAAUAUAAUUCAUUAAUUCAAAGAAGAAGCCGAAAAGCCAAUCUUACAAUACCUGCUACUAUUGCAGAUAGAAAUAAUACUUUACUUAGAUGGCCUCAACUUUAUUAUGCUUCUACUUUAUUAUUUCAAGAUAUAAAUUUCAAUAUGAAUACAGGAAAUAAACUCAUGUUAGAUUUUUAUCAAAUCCUACAUGUAAAUAUCCUUGGUCAUGGAAAUAAUACAUUAGAUUCUCUUCAAGCUAAUAGUACUGAACAAGGACUUUCAAAAUAUCGAUUUUCAUUAGCUCAAGCACAGAGAGAUGUAGAUGCUGAUGAUACAUAUACAAUCAAUCCAAUUAGAAAAGAUUUUCAUAUUAGAGCAAUAAUUCUUCAAGUGGAAACUAGUUGUGAAUUAUCUAUCAGUCAAGCACAAGUACCAAAUAAUAGUCAUUUACUAGCAGAAAAUGUAUUCGAAGAUCUUAAUGAUUUAAUUAAUAAUAAACCAAAUUCAACACCAAUUCUUCCACCCGAAGAUGAUAAUAAUAGACAACCUCUAAUAACAAUUAAUACUCCAACUACAACUAUUAAUCUACUACCCACAACAACAAUUAAUACUCCAACUACAACUAUUAAUCUACCACCCACAAUAACAAUUAAUACACUUUCAUCAAGACCAACUAAUUUUCCAAAAAUUAUAACAACUGAAAUACCUACAACAACUACAAAUAAACCAACAACUUCAGUAACAACAAAACCUUCUUCUAUGAAACCAACAUCUAUAACAACAACUUUAUCAACUCCAAAGAUUAAUUUUAUCAAUACUGUUUGUGAUAAAUUAGGAAUGAAAAAACAAUCAAUUGUGUUUCAUAAAAUAAAAGAAUUAGUUAGUAAACUUACAAAUAUUCAAGUUAAAGAACUUAUUGAUAAAAUUCAAAAACUUAUUGAAAAAUAUAGAGAAAAAUUUAUUGAAUAUAUUCCUGAUGAAAUGAAGCAACAAAUCUUAUAUAACUUUGAUAAAAUAAUGAUUG